UCAGAACACAACUUGUCUGAAAGUUAUGACUUGGCCUAGGUUUUUUAUUCUCGGUAGUGAAGUCCAAGAAAAUAUAUGUUAUGUUCUACAUCAGUAGUUGAUUCUGUAUGGUUUCAAUCACUCCCAUUUUUCUUUUGAUCUCAUCUCAAUCACUGACAAACACAUACAUCCUCUGUGAAUCUCAUUUCAUACCAUUUCUUCCGAACUCAUCAAAUCAUUCAGUCAAGUUUCAGACAUGGAAUCGACAAAUGCACAACCAGCCACGGUGUGCCACGUGGUAGCUAUGCCGUUUCCUGGGCGUGGUCACAUCAACCCCAUGAUGAACCUCUGCAAGCUACUAGCUUCGAAAAGGAAGGAUAUUCUCAUCACCUUUGUUGUCACAGAAGAAUGGCUCGGCUUCAUCGGCUCUGAUCCGAAGCCUGAUAAUAUACGUUUUGAAGCAAUCCCAAAUGUCAUUCCACCUGAGCGCCUUAAAGCUGCCAACUUUCCAGACUUCUACGAAGCUGUGAUGACAAAGAUGGAAGUCCCCUUUGAGCAGCUUCUUGAUCGACUUGAGUUGCCGGUAACAGCCAUCAUAGGAGAUAUCGAGGUUCGAUGGGGCACUUGUGUCGGUAAUCGAAGGAAUAUUCCGGUCGCUCUGGUUUGGACGAUGUCGGCUUCUGUGUUUUCCAUGUUUCAUCAUUUUGAUCUUCAUAUAAAACAUAGCCAUGCAAAAGUUAAUUUGAUAGAGCAAGUGGACAACAUCCCAGGAAUUUCUUCAUCCGAUGUAGCAGAACUUCGAACAAUUUGCCAUAGGGACAAUGAAAGAGUCUUGGAGCUUGCUCUUGACUGCAUUUCAAGAGUGCCAAACGCACAGUAUCUCCUAUUCACUUCAGUGUACGAGUUUGAACCCCAAGUCUUUGACAGCUUAAGUGCAACUUUUAGUUUUCCAGUUUACCCCAUUGGCCCUGCCAUCCCUUACUUGGAACUUAAGGAUGGUUCCUGUAAAACUAGUAACUACCUUCAAUGGUUGGAUUCUCAACAGGUAGGUUCUGUCCUGUACAUCUCAUUGGGAAGUUUCCUUUCAGUUUCAAAGACCCAGAUGGAUGAAAUUAUUGCCGGAUUGCAAAUCUGCGGUGUUCGAUACUUGUGGGUGGCCCGAGGGGAGGUCUCGAGGUUGAAAGAUUGUUGUGGUGAUAUGGGGCUAGUGAUUCCUUGGUGUGACCAUUUGAAGGUACUGUGCCAUCCAUCCAUAGGGGGAUUUUGGACACACUGUGGAUGGAAUUCCAUCCUGGAAGCAGUUUUCGCUGGUGUUCCAAUGCUUGCGUUUCCUCUGUUUUUGGACCAAGAUACUAACAGCAGGCAAAUCGCGGAAGAAUGGAAAAAUGGGUCGAGGGUGAAGAGUACUGUAAGAGCUGAAAAAUUGGUCACCGGAGAGGAUAUUGCACAGCUUGUGCGGAGGUUUAUGGAUGUUGAAAGCAAUGAGGGAAAGGAAAUUAGAAGAAGAGCUAGAGAACUCCAGGAUAAAUGUCUGGUUGCAAUUUCUGAAGGCGGGUCUUCUGCUGCUAACCUUGAUGCGUUCCUUGAUUCCAUUUAACAAGAAUAUGGAACCUGAUCUAUUAUGUUAUCUGGUAGUACAAUUUUUAAGAACAAGGAGAUGGCAAUAGGCUAAAACUUUGUGUUUUGAAUUUUAUGGAUUGAUUUUACAUUACAUUUCCAAUUUCAUUUCCCCAUACUGCCUAAAACUAAGAUAAGGCUAUUUCUUUUUUUUUCUUUUUCUAUUGAUUCUACUGUUCAGCAUAGAACACAAUAUAUUCAGUUGGUUUGGAAUCUUCCCACUUGCUUAUUGUUUGGGUUAAGAAAUGAGAAGACCCAAAACAGAGAAGCAAUUCAAGCUUUACAGUAUAAUAAUUUAUUGGUUACAUGUUCAUA